UCUUACAAGAAUUAUCUUUCAAUGAUGCAGAACAGUGACUAGAGUAUUGAGAGUAUCUUUGAAAAAGAGAACACCCUUUGUUGUAUCAACUCUACAAGGAUUCAGAAAUGUGAACGAUUUUUUAGGUUGCAAACAAUUGUGGUUAUAUGAUCAUGUGACAUUUCAGCUUGGCUGUGAAAAACACUUAUGUGUAUGGUCUGCCUUAUGAUUCCAGGCAAAACUUGUCAGAUUUGUUUCAUGUUUUUUUUAUCCAAUUCAAAGUCAGCUUCAGCAUAAUAUAGUCACUGUUGUCUCUCCUUGACUAACUAAGUGAUUUAUGACCUGUCAACUCAACUAGAGAUGCCUAAGCCUAAGUCUCUAAAGUAAACAUGGAAAAAUCUCGAGGAAAAAAGCAACAAGAGUUGAAGAAAUCAGAACACAGAGAUGAUAAACAACGGCUGUCGGACAAGGCCAUGGUAGCCCGGGCUGAUAUCACUUUAACAACAACGUUAAGGAAGAGACACCAUUCACUUUAUGCAAACCUCAACAGACUUGAAACAGAAAAGCAACACAAGAAUGGCACAGACCACCGGUCUCUUGUACAGCAGAACUUUGAACUUUUGCGAGCUCUGGGGGAGCUUGAGAAGACUUGCAGCAUACUGAGGGAGGAAAAUAGUCUGCUGCGGAAGAGCAGUGCUCCACAGACUGAAGAGAAGGUCAAGCGACUAAGGAAGAAGAACACAGAGCUGGCAGUUCUUGCCAAGAGGCUGGAGGAAAGAGCCAGAAAACUGCAGGAAGCCAACCUCAAAAUGGGUUCCCCAGUCCCUUUGAACGGACGAGAAUUGGAAAAGCUUCUCAAGCAGUCUCAGAUGGAGGUGCUUCGCCUUCAAAGGCAACUGUCUAUCACAUCAUCUACUCAGCGUACAAUCCAUAAUCCUGAUUCUGGUGGAGCAGAGAACUGUGAGAUACCUACUGAGGAAGAGUGUGCGGAAAAAAAGGAGAGUGAGUUGACCAAGAAAAGAAAAGAAUGUGAAAGUCUUGAGCAUGAAGUAAAGAAGCGGCAGAAGAAAUGUCUGGAUUUGGAGAGCCGGCUUGAGGAUGAGCAGGCCAAAAAUGCGCAACUAAAGGAGGAGGCAGAUCUCUUCAGGAGGAAGACACAGCUGCUCAAACAGAUUCGAGUUGAGAAUGAUGAGCUGAGGGAAGAACUCUCUAAAGUGACCGCUCAACACAAUUACGUUCUCGAGGAGAACCAGCGACUCCGUGCCAAACUGGAGAACCUAGAGCAGGUCCUAAAGCGUAUGCGAGACGUCGCUGAGCGAAGGCAGCAGUUGGAACUGGAACAUGAGCAGGCUCUGGCUAUCCUUAAGUUCAAGCAGGAUGAAAUCAAGCGCUUACAACGAGCUCAGUUAUUUGCCAGGAGGGAACAUGAAGGGGUGGUUCAGAUGCUGGAGUCAAAGGUGCGAGAUCUGGAGGAGAAAUGUCGCAGCCAGAGUGAACAGUUUGGCUUGUUGUCCCAAGAGUUGGAGAACUUUCGACUUCAAGCCUCAAAGGCCGACCUUGCUGGGUCAGGCCUUCUUAGCAAUUCCAGCUUUUCUGUUCUGACCAAUGGAGUGGGCCUGUCCUGCGAGCAAGACUACACAGAUAGCUCAUGGGAUAUGGAGUCACUGAGCGAAAUAGCCUUCUGGAGUCUCGAGGGAGGUGGCAAUCUUUCCUGCCCUGAGGAUGUUGCAGCUGCACUACGGAUGGGGACUACAUCACACACUGGGGGUCUGCCCAGGGUGGAGUGCUCCCCUGUCACCAAACACAGAGAGCUUCCCACCAUCAGUGUCAGCAAGUCAGCCUCAUCCUCAAGCAAGUCGGAGACUACAAACGUCACCUCCAAGUCUAACACCAAUCUUACUCCACAUAAGUCAAGCCAAGCACAUGAGGUUGACACCGCUAGUGAAGUGGAGGAACUGGACAUUGACAUGGCCCUCGCACCUUACACAGCCAGCAGAGGAACAGCCAAGCUUCAGGUUUUUAUUGCACGAUACAGCUAUAAUCCUUAUGACGGCCCUAAUGAUAACCCUGAAAUGGAACUACCACUCACUGCUGGAGAAUACAUCUAUGUGUAUGGAGGCAUGGAUGAUGAUGGCUUCUAUGAAGGUGAGUUAAUGGAUGGAAGGAGAGGGUUGGUCCCCUCUAAUUUUGUGGAACGCCUUUCGGAUGACGAUGUAAUGGGCUCUCACCCUGAAGAGACGAGUGACAUGUCCCACAACACCUUGCUAAACAGCAGUUUGCACAGUGCCAGCAACCAGCAUCACCUCCACACAGGUGUACACGCCUCAGAGAGGACGGAGGCCUCUUCUGCCUCUGGCCCCGCCUCAGCCUCUUCCAAUUCGGCCUUGGCUGUCUCAGCCCCCCUCACCAAUGGCCUGGACUUGGAUUUGGAGGAGAUGGAAGUGGACACUGUGCCUUACCCUCGUAAGCUCAAACUCAUCAAGCAGCUUGCCAAGAGCAUCAUCAUCAGCUGGGACCCUCCACUGGUGCCGGCUGGGUGGGGCAACGUGUGGAGCUAUAAUGUGUAUGUGGACCAGGAGCUACGGCUUAAUGUGCCCUUCGGUGCCCAAACCAAAGCUGUGCUAGAGAGGCUUGACAUCAACCUCAAGGCCUACCGUGUAUCUGUGCAAAGUCUGACAGAGAAGGGCCUCUCAGACCAGCUGCGCUGCAGCAUGCUGAUUGGCCGUGACAUAUGUGUGGCACCUACACAGCUGCGUGUGUACAGCAUCACUGCCACCUCUGCCAGCCUGUCCUGGCUGCCCUGCAACAGUAACUAUGUGCACAUUGUGUCCUUGAAUGAGCAAGAGUGUGAGCUGGUGAAGGCUGGAUGCUAUUCGCUGUGCCUCAAUAACCUCUUACCCAGCCUGCAGUACACAGUCAAAGUGGAGGCACGGCCACAUCGCACAGCAUGGGAGUUACCUGUGGAGCGACGUGAACACAGAAGUGCUACCAUCAAUUUCAGCACGUUAACGGCAGUUUCAAGCCCACAGUCUGGGAACGCAGGUCCUCCUGAUGCUCCACUGGAUGUACAGUUGGAGCACGGUCCUUCCCCAGGGAUUGCCCUUAUCAGUUGGCUGCCAGUCACUAUUGAUAAUGCUGGAACCUCCAAUGGAGUCCAUGUCACUGGGUACACCAUAUAUGCAGAUAAGAAAAAGGUGCUAGAGGUGUCCUCCCCAACAGCCGGCAGUGCUCUGCUGGGCCCCUCCCAAAUCCAAUCCCUGCAGACAGCUCAGGAUCUCACUGUCAGGACAAUGUCUGCCCACGGGGAGUCCUGUGACUCUUUUCCAGUUAAUGUGCCCUCCAAGCUUGCCGCUAUCAUGGCUGGCCCCGCUGCCGCCACCCUGGUAGUACCAACCCUUGCCUGCACCCCUGUUAGACCCACAAAUCUAUCCAGGCAGCUUACUUUUGAGAACUCUUCUGCCAAAGUCUCCAUGUUGCCCGACACAAUACCACCAGAAAGACCCAUUACAGGCCUCACAGUGGAUGAUGUUGCCAACUGUCUUCAUAUACCACCCUCAGAGGCCUUUGUGUCAUCAGCCUCAUUUGCGAAGACAUGGACCAGCCCUCUUAGUGCUGUUUCCAUGGCUGCAUGUGAAGCCACGUUACCCGUUACCUCCCCCGUCACACCAGAGAUGAAUAUGACACCCCCCACCUCCUCAGCUCUCCAACCAUCUCCUGUAAUAAAACCUGUGCCUGCAGCAACAACGGUGACACAAGUGGUCACGUUAGAGCAGCGCAGGAAUACCGACAGCCCUGGAACAAUGCGUCCUUUCCCGUCCAUUACAGAAUUCAUUGAGGAGCCCUCUGCCAUACACGGAACCCCAGAACGCAUUCCCACACCGCCUAAAACCCCGAUUACAGACCUACUGAACCCACAAGACACUCUAAUCCUUCGACCCCCCAGUACUUCAUCACUGGACUCUGAGGUUGACGAGGAACUCGAGAACAAACGCUUGGUUUCCAUUGAGGAGUUCUUGAGGCAGGACCAUGACCCAAUGUACAACAAGAUGCAGGAGGGUUGUAGCAGAGGGCUAGUGGAGCAUCUCACUGACAACAUUCGAUCAGAUCUGUUUGACAUCCUCGAAGAGGAAGAAGAGGACCUAAAUUCUGAUCACUUUAGGGAAGCAUCAACCAGGGAAUACACAAUCAUAGCUAACAUGUUACGCAAAUCCGAGCCUUCAGAUAGUGAUGAAGAUAUUCUUGAAAGAAUUCUCAAGUUGCCCCCUCAGGUCUACCACAACAAGCAGCUGUUCAGCAUUCCUGAGGUAACAGAGGAUGAAGACAGUGUUCGGGAAGAACCUUUACCUCAUCGCGUACAGGUUCAGUUGAGGCCCAGCCACCUUCACCCCAGAGACACAGAACAACUCCAUCAUGUUUCGCAACGUCACCCUCCAUACUCCAACCCCAACUUUCCCCCUCCGCACCACCACUUUAACAGUGAUCCCAGAUCCCUAACCAAAGAGCCUUUAUUGAGGCGAGGACCCUUACAAGUCAAGCCCAAGUUGCAGUACAGAGUCCACUAUUCAGAUGCAGAAAACCCUGUAAAUUAUCCUAGUGAAAAAUUAGUGUGUUUAUGUGAAGGUCCGACCAACAGGCCUCCCCAGUCCACCCCCAACAAACACAGGAUACCACUUAGAGGUUUAGAGGACCGCCUUAGGAGGGAGGCCAUGCUUAGGAGUCAGAUGGCUGCAGGUUAUGAGCCUACUACACCAAGACCUUACCCAAUCAGCAAAUUAGUACGUCCUGUAAGGUCACCCAUUAGUGGAGGGAUGGCGAUUGAUGUGGAGUACGGUACAGAUGACGUCAAUAAACCAGGAGCGUGCACUUCAGGGGAGGUGGUGAUGGAACAGCUGAGCUCAGAGUGGUGGAUCGAGGGGGCUGAAAUGGAGCAUAUUGGACCCUCCUACCACCAGGGGAAAAAGGCAGAUUCCUUGGAGCCCCAUCAGCUAUCAAGAUGUGAGGCAGUUCCAUCGUGGGUGCAUGAUUCCGAGCAUACAUCUAAACCAGUUGUUUUGGAAGGCAAGCAGCUCAAAGGUUGUUUCGAAUCACCAAAGACGAAAGGAGAUACACGCAUCUUUGUAGCCCUCUUCCCCUAUGAUCCUGCCACCAUGUCACCUAACCCGGAUGCUUCCGAGGAGGAGUUGCUGUUUAGAGAGGGACAGAUCAUCACAGUUUAUGGCGAUAAAGACUCAGACGGGUUCUACCAAGGGGAGUCUGGUGGUCGUUUGGGAUAUGUUCCUUGCAACAUGGUGUCUGAGAUACAGGUAGAGGAUGAGGAAACACGGCAGCAAAUAUUGCAGCAGGGGUUCUUAUCUACAGAGGCCUCCAUGGAGAAGAUAGAUCCAAGCCAGGUAGCUGCUACAUGUGCAAAGGGAAAGCCAGUCCCAGGAUCUCGCAAGAUGGUGGCAAUUUUUGAUUACGAUCCACGAGAAAGCUCCCCCAACACUGAUAUAGAGGUUGAGUUGACCUUCAGUGCCGGAGACGUCAUCAAUGUGAUUGGCGACAUGGAUGAAGAUGGCUUCUUCUAUGGUGACUUGCAUGGACAACGAGGGUUGGUGCCCUCCAAUUUCCUGCAGGCUUUUCCAGAGAAUGCCCCAGCCGAAGAUUUUUCAGCUCAGCCUGUACAAGAACACAAGAAAGAAUCACAGGGAACUUCAUCCACAGAACCGCAGGAACCGGAUCUCUAUUCAAUCCAAGACACUUUUAAUCUACAACCAGAACCUGCCCUCCCCAAUCGACUAGCGCAUGUAGACCCACUUCCCCAUCUUCAACUUCCUGGCAGAACCACAUCAGACCUGGUUCCAGUGCAGGCCUCUCCUCCAACCCCCCAGCUGCAGACUGACUCCUCUACACAGGACAAGAAGAAGAAAAGAGGAAUUUUCUCCAAAGGCAAGAAACUGUUCAAAAGAUUUGGAUUCAGCAAGAAAGAAUGAAAGGCAGGAUGUCUAAUUUGACUCUUGAUUGCAUUUUAAGCACUUUCGUCAUCUUCACUGUUAAUCUCAGUCUGUGAAAUUAGUGGCUAUCAGAUUUAAGAAGUACAAUAUAUAUUAAUACUUAUACAUUAACUGGAAAUGGUAGAUUCACUGUAGAAUUGUGCAAGCACAUAUUAAUGACUCACAGUACAAUCAGGCUUUAAUAAUCUGUAGUUAUCUUUCUGGUUCUCUCAUCUUUGGAGAAAUCCACAUGCCAGGACUGGACCAGCAGCAACUGCAUGGAACACCACACAUAUGGCUACACUUACAGUAAAGUGCAGAACCUAGACUUUAAUGUUCAUUAUAAUAGAAUGGCCUGCCUUGUAAUCUCUUCAAUACAAAGCUGUACUCCAGCAAAUACUCUUGGAACUUGAAUACCUCUACAGUACAACAUAGUCGAAGAUUCCAGGAUUCAAGUUGGAGAAGUCUGAUCUGAUUAUCAUCCUGGCUGUCGAUUCAUUUGACAUUAAACCAUCAGAUAUUAAGGGAGACGGAGUUAAGUACGUGCUGAGGCACCCAUGUGGGUAUAUUGAGAGGACAAUUUAAUGCGUUCAUUUUUAAAGACAAAUAGUUUUAUAGAGUAAGUGAAGUGAAGUCAAUUAUAUUUAUAUAGCGCUUUUCUCAAGUAACUCAAAGGGCUUUACAUUGUGAAACCCACUAUCUAAGUUACAUUUUUAAACCAGUUUGGGUGGCACUGGGAGCAGGUGGGUAAAGUGUCUUGCCCAAGGACACAAUGGCAGUGACUAGGAUGGCGGAAGCGGGGAUCUAACCUGCAACCCUGAAGUUGCUGGCACAGCCGCUUUACCAAUCAAGCUAUACCGCCCCAAGUAAGGGAUCAUUCUUAUCUGCUUACAAUUUUGGCUAUCACUAGAAAGCGAUCGCUGCUUGCUGGUGUGAUCUCACGCCCCUAUAAUAGCUGGCCAUAUUUUGACCUCCCACAUCUCUUAUUAUAUAUUUUUUUUCUGCACACAAGAAUAUUUUCCUCAUAGUGUUGGGAAGAUGUUUCUACAUGGCAGAACGGGAUUGUCGGGACACGCCACUAUCAGACAAGAAGCUUUCCAUGCCAUCGCACGCCUCAUGCCAGUGGUAUCUCGCAGUCGACCGGGUGGAAAUUGGACACACGCACAGUCUCGUCCUAGAGGUGUAGCACUUUUUUACCCAAAAGUUAUGAUCUUUCCACAGGUUCAUAUAAGAAACUUUAAGACUUUCACAUCCUUUAUUUAGUCAGGUUUGAUGUAUUUCCGGUGCAGCACAGAACUGAGGGCCUCACCGAACAAUUAAAUCUCUACCGCAUUUAUUUGUUUAUCAGAGUGGUUUAGUUUCUUUUUGAGGUGGUAAAAGUUGUAAAUGAGAUUUCUGUUUUGUUCACGUUAAGGAAAGACGGUAAUGUAUUUAUUUUCUAAGUAUCUGAAAUAAUCUCCUUAUAACAGCUAAAUUAAAAUCAUGUGACGUUAUACACCUAGUGACCAGUGUUGGUAAGAACGGUGUUACAAUGUAACGUUACUUACGGUGGUAUUUUUUCAGUAACACAUAAUUUGAAUAAUUACUGGUCCGUUGGCGUUACUGAGAAUGUGAAGUGGCAAGUUACUACAGUUUGGUUGAAUGACGCACAAAGUGUUAGUUUUUAGUUACACAUCGUCUGCAUGCAGAGCGCAAGGGUAGGGAUGACAAAAUUAUCGGCAGUUGCAGAGAAUUCAGCUGAAAAAGGGACACAAUACACAAGUAUCAUCUUCCCUCAUCGCUGUCCCUCGGCUGUCAGUGUCAGGGUCCGUGAGUCCGCGCCCACACCGACACACCCAGCCCUCAGUAAACCAGUGUCGACAAAAAUGUUGACAUAAACGAAAUCCAAUCAUAUUAGGCAUUAAAAAAAUUGUAUUCCCCUAUGUAAUUUAGUUGAGAAUACAGAAACUUUGAGGCAUGAUGCAGCUGACAAAAUGAAAACUAAUUUGAGAAGAAUGUUUUUGUUUUAUUCAUAAGACUGUUGUACUUUUCAGUUUUGUAAAUAUUGACUAUUGUGUGUGAAGUCCUUUCUAAGGUUCAAUUAAAUUUAAAAAUUAGGCCAUCUAGUUAAGAUAAACGUUGUGAUGGUUGAGAAAAUGGGGAUGAUGGAAAAAUGGGGAUGAUGGAUACUUUAUUUUAUUUAUUUUACUUUUAUUAUUUGUUUUCCCCCCGAUGAAUACCCAGCUCAAUGUGGUCAAGGGGUUGCGUACCUCAGUGACCUUAAGAGCUAUACCAGCCGUUGUACAGGUCUGAAGGCCGAGGCCGAAGUGCAAUCCACUUCUCUAGGUUGGAGUUGAACACAUACUGAGCAAACAACCAAAUUCAAUAAAGGAAACAAUGUUACUUAGCGCUGUGAAGCUUUGGGCACCAUUCGAUUCAAUUCUUAGGAGGAACAAUUUGAUUCAGAAUCGAUUCUCGAUUCAAAACAAUUCUCGAUUCAAAAUCAAUACUGUUCUAAUAACAUUGGGUGCUAGUUAUAUUAUUAACUAUUUUCCUCCAUAAAAUGGAUAACAGCUCUGAUACAUUUCUAUAUUACUUAAAAUAAAACUGGUUUUGUUUAAUAAAAUUCUAUCCAAACAUUUAAUAAAGUCAAAUACAAAUAAGGCAACCAGAGAGGUAUACCACACUUCUUUCUUCUAAAGCAAAUCUGUAUAUCAGUUAUGGGCAUCUACAUCAACAAUAUGAUUUUCCUGAGUGUCUGGACAGGACAAAUUAAAAAAAAAAAGAAAAUAUAUAUAUUUUGGUAAUCGAUUAGGAAUCAUCACAGGUAAUAAUUGCGAUCGAUUUGAAAAUAGAUUUAGUUUUUGACACCACUUAAGUUACUAUAUGUAUAUACUAAGUAUAUAUGUAACUUUGUUACAUAUAUACUUACAGCAUGUACAUAAAACCUUGAUGGAAGUAUUUCGAUGUUUUUUUAAAGGGCUUUUAUAGGCAGAAUAGAGCAACACCCAUAGGCUCCACUGUAAGCAGACUUUUGAUCGCAUUCAUUUAAUAAUUAGAAUGCAUGAAAAAAGAAAAACAUAUUUGUUCUUGCCUUUCAUAAGGAUUGUUAUUGAUAGGCAACAUUUUAAAAAGGCCAAAUGUUCCUUUGUGUCUUUUUACUACUUAAGUUUACAUUUUUGGUACCUUAUUGGGUUUUGUACUUUCAAUAUCUAACGUUCUUACUUUACCGAGUACUUUUUUAAAUAUAUAUACAUUUUUAUUUAUUUGCAUUUCAUAUGGCACACUGCAAUCUAUUGAGUUCAGAUGAAUACCAAAUGUUCUAAAAUACUGUACACAGGAUUUGUAUUAUUCAGUCAGUUAAUACAAACAUAUUUGACGUUAAAGAUGUUAUCAAGCUUAAUAGCACAUAAAAUAGCAAAAUGAAAAGUAACGUCACAGUUACUUUGCUGAGUAACUAGUUACUCUUUCAAUGAGGUAACUGAGUUACUAACUCAAUUACUUUUUGGGAUAAGUAAUUUCUAAGGUAAGAUGACCAACACUGCUUGUAACCAGUCAGUAAACACUACUAUCGUCACAAUCUGUGUAUUUCCCUCUUAAAUUAUGAUUAUGAUUAUCGACUGUGGGCAAAAUCUAUCAAAUCAGCUACAACUGUGAAAGUCCUUAGUAAAAGACAGCCCUGCUGAUUGGAUCCAUUUUAAUUGAAUCUGCUUGUCCAUGUUUUUAAAGACUUUAUGACAGUUUAUAUGUGAAGUCACUGGUGUGCAGACUGUGGCCUGAGGGCAAUUUGUGGACAUAGCUUGCUUUUAAUUGUCCCAUGGCACAUUCUCAGGAAACAUGAAAAUGAAAAAAAAGAGCAAAAAGGUGUGUAAAGACAAAAAGUUUAGAUUAUACCAAAAUUACUAAUUCAUUAACUAAUUAUUAAUUUUUUCACUCAUAACACAAAGCUGAGAAGCUGGCUGUU